AUGUUAAGUAGUGGUGGUUUAAAUGUGGACCCCACUAAUGUUCAGCCAUUUGGCUUUAAUGAACUGCCACAGGGGCAAACAAGUGAUAUUAAUGUUAGGGCAACACACUCACCUAACAAUGAUAUAAAUAGGGGUGAUAACACUCAUGGGAAGGGUAAAGAGAAGGCUGCUGAAAGUGAUUCUGAAACAGAAGAAUCUAGUGAAGAUGAAGUUGAGUUCUAUAACUUUCAUUUAGCAACUAAUUCUGAGGGUGAUAUUGAGGGUGAUGCUGAUGGUGAUGAGCUAAGUACUGAGAGUGAUAAAGAUUAUGAGGCUAUUUCUGAAGAUGAUGAUGAUGAUACAGAUGAGUCAUUAUAUGAUUCUGAUGAGGAUAUUGUUGGAGAGACAAGUGACCUAGAACCUGAAGUUGUUGCUGCUAGAUAG